CUAUCGAUCAUCGCCUUCCUCUUCGCGCUGACACCCGACCGCACUCAUCGCCUUAUAUCUGGUGUUCUCAUGUGGGUAGUCAGUGCUUGUAUGCUGACUUCAGUAUUUGGCUUCGGCUUCCAAUGCAACGUUCCGCACACAUGGAAAUUUGUUGGGAACGUAUGCAUCCACCGGAUAAGAUUCUAUACUGUCGUAGAAGUGAUCAACACGUUACUAGACUUAAUACUUGCUUUUUUUCCAAGUUUCAUUAUUUUGGGGCUACGGAUCGACCAAAAGCGAAAGUUCAUCACAAUUGGAUUUUACAUGAUACUUUCUAUGAGAUUGUCUAAUUUUAUUAGCAUCAUCGCGGCGAUAAUUACGCAAUUAGUGGUUAUGUAUACCCGAUCUGAAGAUCCCUUCCUCUCUUGGACGUUCGCCCUCGCUGUCCAGAUCAUACAGACUCUUAGUAUAGUCACAGCAUGCGGACCCUACCUCAAACCGUUCCUCCAAAGCAUCAAUUCUGGAAUGAUAGGGAAUGAUGACAUACGACGACGGUACGGCAGAGCAACGAGAGACUAUUAUAACAUAAAU